AUGUCGAAACGUUCAACAGAAGAAUUAGAACAAAGUGAAAUUUUUGUGGCUUCAAAGGCACCAUUUGAUGAAUUUGAGUCAGAGUCUGAAGAUAUUAUAGAGGAUACGGAAACUGUUAGUGACGAUGAAAAUGCCAUGGAAAUUGAAGAGAACGCAGAUCAAGUAUACCUUCCCGGUCAAGAAUUGGGGAAAGGCGAAUGUCUCGAGGCAGAUCAAUCAGUCUAUGAAAUGCUACAUUCUUUGGAUGUUAAAUGGCCAUGCCUUAGUUUUGAUAUAUUACAUGAUAGUCUUGGAGAAGAAAGAAAAAUGGUUGGAUAUCCAGCCACAGCUUAUAUUGUUGCUGGCACACAAGCAGAUAAACCGAACAAUAAUGAAUUGAUAGUAAUGAAGAUGUCACAACUUCAUAAGACCCAGAAUGAUGGUGACAACUCUGACAAAGACUCUGAUUCUGACGAUGGAACGUUGGAUGAAAAUCCAAUUUUGGAAAGUAAAAGCUUAAAACAUUAUGGAGGUACUAAUCGCGUCAGGAUUAUGCCUCAAAGAGAUUGUUAUAUAGCGGCGACUUGGGCUGAAACAGGAAAAGUACUCAUAUGGGAUUUGGCACCAGCUAUUAAUUCACUGGAUACUCCAGGACGACAAAUUCCACAGAAAGCACAGAAGCCACUUUAUACCGUGGAAAGUCAUAGCACAGAAGGGUUUGCAAUGGAUUGGUCGGGGACAGUUGCCGGAAGGUUAAUAACUGGUGAUAUGCAUACGAAUAUUUAUCUCACAACGAAAGCACAGUCUACAUUUACAGCAGAUAGGAUUCCGUUUGUGGGACACACAUCCUCCGUGGAAGACUUGCAAUGGUCACCAGUAGAAAAGAGUGUGUUUGCAAGUGCAUCUGCAGAUCAGACAAUAUGUAUAUGGGAUAUUAGAAGCAAAAAGAAAGCAGCGCUGAGCAUCAAAGCUCAUGAAGCGGAUGUGAAUGUGAUUACUUGGAAUAGAAAAGUCGAAUACUUACUUGCAUCAGGAGCGGAUGACGGUGUGAUUAGCAUAUGGGACUUACGGACAUUUAUGAAUAGUCGCACAUCACCUACACCAGUUGCAACAUUUAAGUGGCAUUCGGCGCCGAUAACCUCGAUUGAAUGGAACCCUAUAGAAGAAUCAGUUUUUGCGGCGUCCGGAUCAGACGACCAGAUAUCUAUAUGGGAUCUUUCAGUGGAACACGAUUCUGAAGAAAGUUCACAUAAAAUCAUAAGAAAAGGUGGCAUUGAAGUGCCAUCACAGCUUUUAUUUAUUCAUCAGGGCCAAAAUGACAUAAAGGAAAUACAUUGGCAUCCACAAAUACCCGGAUGUAUGAUCAGUACUGCGGCACAAGAGGAUUUAUCCACCGAGACGAUUGAAAAUAAUUUGCGAGUAUUAAAAGGGAGCCUUAAAAACAGUGAAGCACGGUAUGCCAAGCCCUUACGAAAGAUAAUAGUUAAUAAGGUUAAGUCCUCAAACCUUUCAUGGCGUGAUCCAAUUGCAAGCCAGGUUCUCAGUAGUGAAGCAAAGGAGGUUAAACAAUUACUAAAAAAAGAAUAUGAGUCUUUUAUG